AUGGGAGAUGCAGAGGUUGGUGGAGGUGGGCGGCCGCUGUCUCUGGAGGACAUUGGCGAGGACCUGGCAUCCAUGGCACUGAAGCAGGAGUCCUUGGUUGGAGUCUACCUGCCCUCGCAGCAGGCCCCACCUCUGGAUCUCUUCGCCUAUGCAAGGGAACGACGACAAGGGGAGAAGAGCCUGGGAGAGUUGGCCCGCCAGGUGAAGGCCAGCACCCCCGAGGAGCUGCGGGCGGCAACGGCGGCCGAGCAGCGACGGCUCGACGAGCAGGUGGCCACCCUCUACAGCCGCGCCCACGAGAGCAGCAUGGCCUUCCUCGAGCGGAGCGCGUGGCUCAGGCAGGCCGACGGCGGGGUGGCCGCGAUGGAGGGUGCCAUCGCCGAUGUGGCCCGACGGGUCGAGGCCCUGGCGGGCAUCGUCGACCCUGGCACUAAUGCAACCACUUGA